GUUCUCUCAGUAUAGUGCAAGACCUGGCACCACCACCACCACACACACGGUCACUCUCUCUCUCUCUCACUCACUGACUCGCUCGCUCACUCACUGCCUGGCUUCCCUCCCCGUCUAUAGUUUGUUUACAUUUUCAUCCCUCUCUUGAAAAAACAUAUGAUUUUAUUUACUCCCUUCUACUAUUUCUCGACUUUUUCAAUAAUUACCAUCAUUUUUCCUCAUUUAAUUGAUUCUUUGUUUUUUUGGCUCUUAUUUAAGGUUUAUUCACUGUUUUCUUGAGGUUUAAAUCUUUUUUUUUUUUACGAAAUACACGAUUUUUUUUUUAUAUCUAUACUAAAACUAGUGUUAUCUUGCUUUGUAAAUACUGCUCUCUCUCUCUCUCUCUCUCUCUCUCUCUCUCUGAUAUUGCAAAAUCUACUAAAAAGAUAAAACAAACAAAUAAGGACAAACACACACGCACACACACAUAAAAAACGAGGCCGCGCGUUGUGUGCGCACGUGUGUACGUUUAAACGUGUGUGCGUGGGUGUAUGUAGGGUUUCUCCAAAGCAAAAAAAAUAGAAGCGGGUUAAAACUAAAAGAAUAAUGUGACGGGAGAAAAAAAUGUAAAAAGGAAUCAGAAUAUUGCAAGGAAGAAAAGAGAAGAAAAGAAGGCAACUAUAUGGAGGAGUAAAAAAAUGUAAAGAGGACAGUCAAAAUAUUGCAAGGAAGAGAAAGGAGAAGAAAAGAAGAAAGCACCAAUAUAAAAAAAGGGAGAAAGUGAAGAGUGAAUUAGAACACAUACAAAAAAAAAUAAAAAAAAAAUAAAUAAAAUGACGAAGUAAAGAAGAAAAUAACGACAGAUGAAUUAGAAAAAAAAAAUGUUGAGUGCUUGUAAGAACUAAAACAGGAAACUAACAAAUGAAAAUAUAAAGAAAAACAGAAACAAGAGCAAUACAAACUAAUAGGGCGAUAGAAAACAAAGAAAUUAACACCAACCAAAAAUGCAAAAAACAAAGACCACAGUUGAGUUUUAAGAAGGAAAGAUGAAUUAGAAAAAGAUGUUGAGUGCUUGAAAGAAAAUAAAACAGAAAACUAACUAGUGAAAAUAUAAAGAAAAAAAAAAACAAAACAACAAGAGCAAUACGAACUAAAAGGGUGAUAGAAAACAAAGAAAUAAAAAACAACCAAAAAUACAAUAACAAAGACCACAGUUGAGUUUUAAAAAGGGAAAGGAGAAUAACAGAAGACAAGGAAAACAAGAAAAACGGAAGGAGAGGAAAAUGAGGACCAUGGCUGAAGGUGGAGAGAGGUGGAGAAGAAGACUAAAACACUCCUCCUCCUCCUCCUCCAUCUUCGUAGUCUCCCUCUUCCUCCUUCAACUUUUGGGCAAUGGUGUUGUACGGGCAUCGCAUACAUCCAGCAAAACGAUCAACUUCUCGACCAUCACCAGUAGUAGUAGUAGUAGUAGUAGUAGAAGUACUAUAGGGGGCGUGGAGGUCCUAAGAGUAGUGGUUCCUGGUAUGAACAUCUUCGUGAUCGGACGUAGUGUGGUUGGGGGUAGUAGUAGUAGUAGUGGUAGUGGAGUGGUAGGAGGCAGUAGUAGUGGUAGGAUAGUGGUGCCUCCAGCUAUAGGGAGUAGUGUAAUGGUUGGCAGUAGUAGUAGUAGUAGUAGUAGUAGUGGUGAUGCUGCUACCACUACAACCACUACAACACCUCCCACUACCACCACUACCAGUACAGAGCCCCCUACCACCACCACCACAACCACCACUACUACAACAACUACUACACCACCACCACCUCUCACAGACCCUACUACCACAGCCAACCCUACAAACUCAACCACAAGAACAAGGGGCCCAAACAAACGCAUCCUAGCCAGACUUAUGAAGGAGCAAUUUAACCAGUUCAAGGAUAGUUUGGGAGCUACCGAGGCCCCAGAACCACCCCAGGAAACCACGAAGAAGGGAGGGGUGGCUAACUCCCCUGGCAAGGAAUCCGGCAGGGGGAGAAGCCUGCGUGUUGGGGAGGAAGGGAGCAAGGCGGAGAGGAGAGCAGGGGAGGAUCCAAGUGGGGUGCAUUCCGGAGUGCUGAAAAUCGACGCUCAUCCGAUACCAGUCACCUUUACCUCCCUGCCUGGCUUCCCUAUCCGCCAAUCUGUGCUAUCCUCACGACCCCCACCUCGAACCCCCUCCAUCACCCCAUCCACACGCCCUCCAACCCCAGAAACCCGCGGAGAGGCGCCUUUAACGGUGGAGAGAAGGUUCAACGUGCAAGCUAGACCGGGAAUCAGACCAGCAAGACCCGAGACGAGGCCUACUCCAGGACGAGGGGCGCCUUCCAAAGGGUCGCAAGUGGGUGAUCUAAUGAGGCUUCUCGAGUCUAGGCUCAUUGGGGGUCUAAGGGCCAGCAUGCCAGGGGUCAGAGCUCCCCCCGGUCAGACCACACCCCAGUACUUCGACCCGUCCAUCGUGGUGAACUUCCUGACCCUCGUGGCGCUCUCCCAGCAAAGGGGCAGCGGCUUCAGGUCAUCGGUACAGAGAGACGCAUCCCCUGCCACGAUCACCCUCCCUACCAACCCUGGCGGAGGAGGAUUCACCACAGGAGGAGGAGGAGGAAUAUCACUACGAGCUGGAGGAGGAGGAGGAAUAUCACUACGAGCUGGAGGAGGAGGAGGAGGAGGAGUAGAAGGAAUAUCACUACGAGCAGGAGGAGGAGGAGGAGGAGGAGCAGAAGGAGGGGAAGGAGGAGGAGAAUUUGGUCCGUUUAGUACAGGCAAUGACCCGUCAGCGGGCGUGGACCCUUCGACCAUAGUGCUGCCCCCAAUGCUUCGCCAGUCCCUCUACUCCUACCUCCUCCCGCGACUCGCCUCCCUCAGCGCCCUGGUGGAAACUGUCCCCGGCGUUCCUGGGCUCGACUACCCUAUCAUAUCCGUUGUCCCUUACACCAACUUCUACUGCUCCGAGAUGCCCUGGCCCGGCUUCUACGCGGAUACGGAGGCGAGGUGUCAGGCAUGGCAUUACUGCGAUCUGGACGGGCGACAGGCAUCGUUCCUCUGUCCCAACGGCACCAUGUUCAACCAGGCGUUCUUCGUGUGUGACUGGUGGUACAACGUGGACUGCCAGUCGGCCCCGUACCUCUACUCCCUCAACGAGCGCGUCUUCGCCCUGCCCGAGGUGGACGAGACGGCCCCCCAUCGCAUCCUCACCGCGGAGAUACUCGAUACGAUAUUCCUGUGAUGAGGGUGUUUGCUGGAGUUACCGUUGAAAUGUUGCUGUUGCUGCCUCGUUUUCUGUUUUAAUAGGUACUCAAGAUACUCGUAACGUCAAACGAAGAUUAUUCUUUCACCCUGACAAUGGAAGACACAAGAAAAAGAGGAAAGAAAAGAAAAGAAAGAUUAUAUUAUACACGAUCUUAACCAUCACCACCACCACCGUCACCGCCACCAAAACCUCUUCCACCAGCGAGCUAUUGCAUCAUCCAUCAGCAAGGUUUCCCGGUUACCUGCUACGUGCUUCCGAUGACGAGACAGGUGUACAAUCAGAGUAUAUUAUCAGCCCCAACAUACGCUUCAGAAACUUGACGACACACUAAAAUAAUAUCGAGAGAAAAAAGCUAAGAAGUGCAGAGAGGAAUGGAGAGAAUUAUUGCGAAAAGACUAAGAAGAACAGAAAGAGAGAAGGAGAAAUAUGUUACAAUGUGGAGGGGUAGCAAGUCAUCAUCAUCUAGAGGUUGGAAAUACUCUAAAGACUAUUGAGAAUCUGGAGUGGACUUGAGCAGAUCAUAUGUGUAGAAAAAGACACCAGAUGGACGACCAAAGUAACCGCAACAGCCCAGAAGUUGUACAAGUCUGGGGAAACAGAAGAUCAGGUGGAGAUGAAUUGAAAACCUUUACUGGAAUACGAUAGAGUGCAGUAACACCAAAAGGAGACAUCAGAUGGAGUGAAUUGAAAACUUAUGCUGGAGCAGGAUGGAGAAAUGAAUUGAGAACCUUUGCUAGAGCAGGAUGGAGAACACUAGCAUCAGACAGAGAACCAAGUGGAGAGAUGGAAUUAGAAUCAUUACCUGAGCAGGAUGGAGUACACUAAUAUUAGAGAACCAGGUGGAGAGACGGAAUCAGAACCUUUGCCGGAGCAGGAUUGAGUCCCGUAACAUCAGACAGAACCAGGUGGAGAGAUGAGAUUAGAACCUUUGCCGGAGCAGGAUGGAGAACACUAGGAUCAGAAAGAGAACCAGUUGGAGAGAUGAAAUUAGAACCAUUACCGGAGCAGGAUUGAGUGAGUCCCGUAACAUCAGACAGAACCAGGUGGAGAGAUGAGAUUAGAACCUUUACC